GUCUUUGAUCGAAGGUGCAUCGCCAGUGCAGUUCCGUGUUGUCGUUUUCUCUAAACACCCCUCCCCGGCCAUGUUCACCAGCUCAGCUCCAUAGUGUGUUGUGUGGAAGAUCUCUUACAAGCAAAAAAAAACAUAGAACCGAGUGUUUUUGGGAUUUUUCUCGGCGAAACUAGUUUAUUAAAAUUAACGUGAAACUGUCUAGCUACGUCGACGGGCCACAUAAGAUGGCAAUAAGCGAACAAUACGUGCUCAUCAUUAAUUUGAGAAAAAGCUUUUUAAUAGACUACAUUUAAGGCCUCUUUGUGCGAGGAGGGCUUAAGUUGGUGGUGUUAAGGGGAAGUACCAGGAAGGAGUGCAAUACCAUUUCUGUUUUUUUGUUGGCUUUAAUUUUGUUUGUUCCUGUUGAGUUCUUUGCGGGGAGGUUCAGGAGUUUGGCCGAGGCAGACUUCGAAUGAAUUCCGUGGUCCAGAUCGCAACGCAGAAAGUCGACCUGGUUCACCUGGUUAGCUGGUGUUGUAGUAGUUGUUGUUGGUGGUCCAUUACAUAAUCAUGUUCCGUGGCCUCAUUGCUUAAAUGCGGAGAAAUAGCUCCAGUCGUAGGCCCAAUACCGUCAUCGUCAAACACCCAACCACACAUCUACACUACCAGUGCUGGUGUACGGCUAUAGUAGUACUACAGCGGCUACUAUCACCAUCAUCGUCGUCAUCAAUACUCGACACUCGACUGCUUCUGUCUACCCACCGACCACAAACCAGCAAGACUUCAACAGCCUGAGCCUACGACGCACCGGAAAGCGACCUCGAUUCACGCCAAAACAAGUUGUGCAUUCUUCGACAUCCCAGGAAGAGUUAAGACAGCUGACGACGUCCCCAGAACGCGGCGUCUUCUUCAACAGCGUCCCUAAGCUGACGCACCUUCCGUUCCGGAAGUAGGACCAACUUCCGCUAGUGGCACCGGCCAACCCGUGGGGGACACAGCCACGAUGCAGCAGACCACGCGGACCGAGAUGCGUCCGGUCAAGUACCACUACGCGGACUCGUUCUGGUGCACGUAUUUGAUUUCGGUGUUUGCCGCCAGUAUCGCCGAAACGGUGACCUACCCGCUGGACCUUACCAAAACGCGCCUCCAGAUUCAGGGUGAAGCGGCGGCAACGGCCGCGGCGGGAGGACUUAAAAAGACCAAAUACCGCGGAAUGCUCGCGACCGCCAGCGGCAUUAUCCGCGAAGAGGGCGCCCUCAAGCUGUGGCAGGGUGUCACUCCGGCACUGUAUCGACACGUUGUUUACAGUGGCGUCCGCAUCGUAACGUACGACGGUCUCCGGCGCAAGCUCCGCAACGGCAACAACGACUUUGCGCUGUGGAAAUCGGCGGUGGCCGGAGUUGGGGCCGGUGGGCUGGCCCAGUGGUUGGCUUCGCCGGCCGAUUUGGUCAAGGUGCACAUCCAGAUGGAGGGCAAGCGGCGGCUGAUGGGGUUGGAACCGAGGGUUCACGGGGCGGCCCACGCGUUCCGGGAGAUUGUGGCCCGCGGUGGAAUCGCCGGGUUGUGGAAGGGCAGCAUUCCGAACGUGCAGCGAGCGGCGCUGGUGAAUUUGGGCGAUUUGACCACGUACGAUACGGUGAAGCACAUCGUGAUGAAGCGGACGGGGUUGCCGGAUUGCCACAUGGUGCACGUGAUUUCGUCGAUCUGUGCGGGGCUGGUGGCGGCCACGAUGGGAACGCCGGCGGAUGUGGUCAAGACGAGGGUGAUGAACCAACCGACCGAUUUACACGGAAAUGGACUUCUCUACAAGGGCGCGAUCGACUGUCUGCAGCAAACGAUCGGCAAGGAGGGAUUCUUUGCGCUGUACAAAGGAUUCCUUCCGGUUUGGAUCCGGAUGGCGCCGUGGUCGCUCACGUUUUGGCUUUCGUUCGAGCAGAUCCGCUCUAGUCUCGGUGCCGGAGGGUAUUAGACGAAAUAUCCCUAAAUUUUGUAAGAUUUAACCCCGUUUUCGAAACAGACUCGCCAACUUCUGUUGCCGCACUUGCGUAAUACUUAGAGUUCAUGUCGUAGUUGUUUCGAGAUUCGCAACCCGGAUAGAGAAGAAAAGGCACAAAUUAUUCUACUUUGCACAAAGCUUCAAACUUUCUUAGCAACAAAUGCCACUCAACUUAAGCUAAACUCACACGUCGACGUCGAAAAGAGUGCCAUCUUUAUGUUUUCGCUGAAUAAUUACGAAAUAUUAUGUUCUUUCUCCGAUACUAAGUCAAAUCCCGCAAUGCAUCACUCUCUGUCAAGAAAGGAAGGAAAAACAAAAUCACAGUUUGAGACAUAUCCACCCGAGGUUGGAGAAGGACUAUAAUUUUUGAUCUGUGAUUUAGUCGUAGCCGUUAGGUUUAAGCACACACCUUCAGCAAAACCUGAUUCAACCUGUUGAGUUUAAGUCUCCAACAAUAUCUUCAUCGAAAUCAUCAAAGCAGCGUCACUAGAAUGUCAUCCAAACUUUGCCUCAGAAAUGCGAGACGAAUUAUCUCAGGGACGCAAUUUCGUUUGAUCCUCAACCUUAUCUUGAUACUUUCAGAUUUAAAAAUAUUAAGUCCUUAACAAAGUUACUCUUCGGUUAAUUUCCGGUCUUAAAAUAUGUGUCCUUAACGUAAGGAAAUAUAAUCACGCCUUGUUCUACACUGAAUUUCAAAAAAUAUACAUUAACUAUACAAACUACCCAUUUGUGACAAUACCAAAUUUUACCAUGUUACAUACUAUCCACUCAAAAUACUUUGUACUGGAAAUACCUUAAACAAAACCCUGUAGACUGCUUAAUGGAAGCCCCCCGAAAAAAAACCCCACUGACUGGAGAAAGUUCGAAGCCCCCGAUCCUGAGAAGAGUUAUACAAAUUGCUAAGUAGGUAGUGUACAAGUUCUAUAUAGAGUUAAGAGUAAAAAAAGAAGCAUAAUUAACUAGAUGUACGGAGGAAACGCAGUUGUGUAAGCUUGUGUGCGUGUGCCGAUAUUCGGGAGGAACAUGGUGUUGUAAUAAACUCGUAUUUGAAGAAAUAAACUGAUUCAUGGGUUGAAAAAUAAA